AUGGGAAGCUUUUUCAGCAUAUUCAGAAGCAACGAGACUAAAGACAGACAACCGGCGGCACUGAGUUGGGACCGUGGAUUACAAUGUAUAUCAAGACCACACACUGAUGAGACAAAGACAGGAAGACACACUGGCACCACAGUGAACCUUGUUCUUUUGGGAAUGGCUGGGACUGGAAAGAGUGCCAGUGGGAACACCAUCCUUGGACAGAAACACUUUGUUUCUAGACCCAGUUCAACGCCGGUCACCACAAAUUGCCAGAAUGUACAAACUGAGAUCAAUGGUGUAGACGUAAAUGUGAUUGAUACUCCAGAUAUCUUUGAUGAUGACAUUGCUCCAUCAGUUAGAGGCAAACAUGUGAAAAGGUGCAAACAACUCUGUGAGUCAGGACCGUGUGUGUUUGUACUUGUGAUGCAUGUGAGCAGAUUUACAGAUGGUGAGAGAGACAUAAUGGAAAAGUUAGAAAAAGCUUUUGGGAGAGAAGUUAGAGGACGAACAAUCAUCCUGUUCACCCGAGGAAACGACUUGCAGCAGGCAGGAAUGGGCUUGGAGGAUUUUCUUCAUUCUUGCCAACCUGAUCUGAAGAAAAUGGUUGAAAAGUGUGGAAACAGGUGUGUUCUCUUUGAGAACAACAAAUCAGGUUCUGAUCAGGUUGAAAAACUAAUGACGGUGGUAAACACAAUACUCAAAGACCAGAAUAAUGUAUAA